UGGUGUUGGUACGCGUGUGGCAAGAAUUUUCCCUACGCUUUCCCGAGCAAAUUUUCCUCUGCUCGCAUCAGUUGGUUGAAAUUUAUGCACCCGUUCGGUAUCAUCCUGCAAGAGUGGCCCAACUGGCAAAGAAAUAGACUCCUAAAUGAGAGAUAAGCCUUUGAUUCCAAUUUUUUUUCAUUCUUUUUAUGUGAAACAAAGUGAGGUACUGUUCGUUAACUGACUGACUGUGUACAGAAGGAAUUUCAAUAUGUACUGAUUCCCUGUCGGGUGUAAUUGACAAAAGGGAAAGUUUGAAAUCACCUGUUUCCUUCAAUGUGGUAUAUUCUAUGUAGUGAUGUUACAAGCUAAUUCAUGUGGGUAUUAUAGGCUGGUGGUGAAGUACUUGGCAAAAAUUUGCAUGAUCUGUCAGUGCUAAAAUAUUGUAACUUCGUUUUCGGAGUUUUCUCAAUGUGUGUGUUUUUUUUUUUGCUGUUAACAAUCGUCGCAAGCUGGAAACUAAACAGUUCAGUGUAGUGGUUCGUUUAUUGACCACUGAAAACAGCCUCCCUUCUGUUCGUUGAUACGGCGACUGAGAGACGUCCGAUUGGAAACCAUCGACCAUCAGUCAUCAGUUUUAGUGUGUGGGCGCUGUGUAGAAACAGACACUGGUUUGAUUUUACCCAGCCAUGUAAAACAAAAAAAAAACAAAAAGAAAAACGAAAAAAAUGUGAGAUGAGUUCCAGUACUGGUGAAUAAUUUACUAUCAAUGUGGCAGUACUAGACAUCGCUAGGCGCUCUUACGAUAACAGCGAGACGGCAGCAGCCAGCAUCUCGGUGAUAACGCGUUGCAGUGGGUUGUGGUUAGCUGGUUAGCGGAGCGGGGGUGGACAUUUUGGCCAUCUGUCAAGAAUUUUAAUCGCAUUCCGGGACCAACAGGGCAAAACCACUGUGGAAAUUAAUUUCAGUGAUUGAUUUUGGCCGGCCGCGAUUGAAGGGUCGAUUAAAUCACGAAUAAAUCACCAGAAAGCAGUAAUCGAAGCCCGUCGAACUGAAGGGCAGUGAAGGAGAGAAGAAAAAAGUAUGGAAAUUCAUGCGAACCAUUCAAGAUUAGGUUUCGUAUUUGGUUAACUGUUUUGGGUCGGCAAAAUACAUUGGAAAUUAUAUUUCCCUCGCGAACACACGGGGCGGCAGCGUGUUUUCGAGACGGUCAGCGGCAGAGCAAGUAUCGAAGCAAGUAUAUAAGCAAUUGAAAGCGAACACCCGGUGAAGGAUAAAAGAGCAAAAUAUAAGAAAAUAUUUUCUUAUACAUUUGAAUUGGAAGUGACUUUGUGAUACCAGAAAGCGGGGAAGUGAACGUGCGUGUGAGCAGCAACAAAGCAAAAAGAAAAAAAAAACGAAACGAAGCAACGCAAAUUUAUGUUCAAGGAAAACGAAGAAAUAGUGUGUGAAUAAUAGUGAACAAAAAUGGGGAAAAAAUUGUAAUUGUUAUUGAUCGCCGGGGGGGUGUAGAGCAAAAAGAAAAUAAAUUAUAUUAAACCCCGACAGGCUGCCUGCCAGUGGGAAAGCAACGUUGAAAUUGGUGAGUGGUUCGGGAAUUAAUUUUCCCUUUCUGCGGCUCUUUCAGGGACAUUGCGUGAAUAUCAAACCUGUAAUUUUAAAUAAUUGCUUGAGGAAAGGGAUCCCACAAAACGUGCAGGAAAAACGAGUGUCAACUACGGCAGCUAAAGUGGCAAAAAUUACGAUCCGAUAUACUUACAAUUCAAGAGAGCUCGAAGAUAGUGAGUACAGUGGCUAGAAAAAAUUGUCAUCAUCGGAGGGGAAUCCCGAGGAAUUUAUCAUAAAAAACAGGAAAACCAAAAAUCUAAAGGCCAGUUGGUGAUUGUGCCAGUCAAUUUCCUCCGUGCAGCGCAAGGCAGAAAAAGUGGUGUUUUUCAGCAGUCGAACGAAGACAAAAAAAAACGUAAGAUUUUUUUUUCUUACUUCCCAAGCGCCUGUCGGUCGUCGUUGUGUAUCUGUGUGCAAGGCACGGAAAACAGUGACUAGUGGUGUGUAUUCGUAGAGCACCCGAGGAAAUUGCUUUUUCCCGAGCAUCGCACAGGUUUCCAUCGUCAAGCAGCCGACCGGCAGUUGGUGUGUGUAUCAAAGAGAUAUUUCUUAAUCCAUUAGAACAUCACCGGAUAAAACACGGACGGUUCUUGCAGCUAAUACACCUGCUGUCAGGAAUUCGUGAUUGAUGGAAUAACGCUUGAUCUGGCUCCUCGAGUUGGGGUGUGCAAGGAGCGAUGCAAUUACAGCUGUAGAUUACUGGACUGUAAGGGCGGAGGCGCCUGGUCUGCAUUUCGGAUGAAGUGAAAAGCCGCCGGCUGUGGAUUUGUAAUCACCAUCAUCGUCGUCGUUGUCCCCUGCGCUGUGGCACAUCCUUCGGGUGGUUCACAUUUCCGGGAUUUUUGCUGCGACGGGUUUAUGUUUUUUUUUGUUUUUGUCUCCUGGCUACUCCAUCAUCAUAUCUGUGUGUGUGUGAGUUGGGUUUACUCCUCGGUGGAAUGGUUUAUGGCGAAACGGUCCGCAAAACGAAACGCGUCCGGAUUUGAAACUUAGCACCGGUUUGAGUUCUUGUUUGUGAAGAAUUAUUGCUUGUUAAAGUGUUGCUGGCGACUCGUGAGAGCAAUGAUAAAAAGUGUCUCAAGCAGGCCAACCGAAGCAAAUCUACUCGGUAACUAGACGGUGCUACGGGGUAAUAGCGUCCGGAGAAUUCACGGGACCGAAUGAAACUGAUGGAGUGAUUGUGUUGCCACGAUGGUGUACAAAACGGUGAAUUGAUAGUAAAACUGUUACGCGGUGCUUGGUUUAAAGGUGUCGAAUAAUGUCAGCAUAACAACAGAAGCUAACUUACAGACAGUGUAUUGUGGGCCAGAUCCUGAAACAUAGUUCAGUCAGUUGAAAGUUAGGAAGCCUUGAAUGACGUUCUAAGAAUAAGCUGCUUUCAUUAUUUUUGAUCUGAUUGAACGGGAACCAAUAGAAAAGGAAGAGGGAUUCAGAUCUUCCGAACUCGCUGAGCACAAAAAUAAACAACAACAAUCCCAUUCGUUCAGGGAUGAAAAUGGAAUAGAAAUUUUCCCUAAUUAAACACCGAACCUUAAGGCAAAGCACCAGACACAGCUGAUUUGAAUUUUAGGAAAAAGUUCGGAAGCAAAAAGGGGUACAAUAUCCCAUCGAAGGUUAACGUUACCACGGUCACCAGAGGGAUUCCUAAGACGUCCAAACUUCGCCACUCGGGCCUGGCCUUCUUCGAACGUGGCCAAAGUACUCGUGACGUUUCCAGCACACUUCUUCGGGACCAUUGAAAAAUUCCACCGAAUAGUAUGGCUUCGGUCGCCGCUUGGUUGCCAUUUGCACGGGCGGCGGCCAUCGGGUGGGUCCCAAUAGCUUCCCAUCCCCUGCCGGCACCACCCGUUUUCAAAGAUCGCCUACGCUCGGAAGAUGAGAAACUGGUCAUCAACGUUUCCGGGCGCCGGUUCGAGACCUGGCGGACGACAGUCGAAAAGUACCCCGACACCCUGCUGGGUUCCAACGAGCGGGACUUUUUCUACGACGAGGACAGCAAGGAGUACUUUUUCGAUCGCGAUCCGGAUAUUUUUAGGCACAUAUUAAAUUACUAUCGCACCGGUAAACUGCACUAUCCUCGCCACGAGUGUUUGCUCAGCUAUGACGAGGAACUAGCAUUUUUCGGUAUUAUGCCAGACGUGAUCGGAGACUGCUGCUACGAGGACUACCGAGAUCGGAAGCGCGAAAACGCCGAACGACUGAUGGACGACAAACUGUCGGAGAAUAGUGAUAAUAAUCUGCAACAGCUAACCAACAUCAGACAACGGAUGUGGCGAGCAUUCGAGAAUCCGCAUACUUCCACUGCCGCCCUCGUGUUCUACUAUGUAACGGGCUUUUUCAUUGCUGUAUCUGUGAUGGCCAACGUCGUCGAGACGGUUCCCUGCGGGCUCCGGCCGGGCCGUGCCGGAACACUGUCUUGUGGCGAACGGUACAAGAUCGUAUUCUUCUGUUUGGACACGGCGUGUGUCAUGAUAUUUACCGCUGAAUAUCUGCUUCGGUUGUUUGCCGCUCCGAACCGGUGCAAAUUUAUGCGCAGUGUAAUGAGCAUAAUCGAUGUGGUUGCCAUCCUACCGUACUACAUCGGUCUCGGAAUCACCGACAACGACGACGUUUCCGGUGCAUUCGUGACGCUACGGGUGUUUCGCGUUUUUCGGAUCUUCAAAUUUUCCCGUCACUCCCAGGGUCUGCGGAUUCUCGGUUAUACGCUGAAAUCCUGCGCCUCCGAACUGGGCUUCCUAGUGUUCUCACUCGCGAUGGCCAUCAUCAUCUUUGCCACGGUCAUGUUCUACGCCGAAAAGAACGUGGACGGCACCAACUUCACUUCUAUUCCAGCGGCUUUUUGGUACACGAUUGUCACGAUGACCACGUUAGGUUACGGAGACAUGGUGCCGGAAACAAUAGCCGGAAAAAUCGUGGGAGGCGUCUGUUCGCUCAGUGGAGUGUUGGUCAUCGCGCUACCCGUACCUGUGAUCGUGUCGAACUUCAGCCGGAUCUAUCACCAGAACCAGCGGGCGGACAAGCGAAAAGCACAACGGAAAGCACGUCUCGCACGAAUACGAAUAGCGAAAGCGGGCGCCAGUGCGGCGUUCGCGAGUAAGAAGAAGGCUGCCGAAUCGCGCCUAGCGGCACAGGAGUCUGGCAUCGAACUGGACGACAACUACAAUGACGAGGACAUCUUCGAGCUACAGCAUCACCAUCUGUUGAGAUGCUUAGAGAAAACGACGGACCGGGAGUUCGCCGAGCUAGAGACUCAGUACAACGGUCAAACGAAGCGGCCAGGAUCACCGUCGCCGAUGGCCAGUCCAUCCCACUCAGCCAACACGGCGACCGGUGGAAACGGGCUGAUUCAAUCCUGUUGCGGCCGGUGCUGUUCCCAGCGGUAUCAGGCUAAUCUUUUAACGGAUUCGCAGAAACAGAGCUACACCUCAGCGAACCAAUGAUGUCAGGAGGACGAUAUUCCCCUGCGGGAAAGGAAAAAGUCGUAAUAGAUUCCGGUAGCCACCACCGAUGACAGAGGGAACCGCAGCCAGUACGAGUGAGCUCAUCAACCGAUUAGCCCCAAAUCCCGAAUUAGCAGCCCGAAGCCCACAGCAAACCAUUGUCAUCGCCGCCUUUGUUUUUGCCAAGGCCCCGCCGUACUGUCGUCCGUGUUGAUUGCAGUCCCGACUGCCUGUUCGGUGCCCCCACAAGGGAUUCCUCUCCAGCAGCAGCAAUAUCAGUUCGUAGCAGGCCGCGGUUAAGGACAGCAGCCAAGCAGUGAUGAUGGUUGCAUGCAGCCCACAGUUUGUGUAUAUAAUCGUCUAGCAGCAAGAUGCAUCACACAGGCGUCGGCCGGCCGUUUGUUGGUUGUAGCAGCCAGCCAGUAGCAGGCCAGUUUGGAUGCAGGCCAUUUAGUUUAGUAAUUUCGCGGCGGAAGCCACGGUACAUCAUCACUGCUGGGCGAAUUCCAGUUCGCCGGUCACCGCGGUUCAGCCAUUUUGGGAAGAUGUAUCUCCGCUCAGCAAUCGUCGCCAUCGUUAUCAAGCCACACUAACCUAGACCAGAUAAUUAAUUAUAGAUGUACAGUGUUAUUCUUUCUGAAGUUUUGAGGUGAAAAUAUGAAGAUUAAGAUCCACAAAAGUAUAUAAAUAUAAGAAGAGAAACCAAUUUAACGAAAGCCAACCAAAAAAGAAAAAACGCGUAAAGGAAACCAGUUUUAGGGUAGACAUAACAAUUAACAAUUCAGAAUAUAGUCUUGAAACUGUAACUGGAAAAUCCAAUUAAAAGUCUGUUUAUUUACGGUGGAGCGAAUUGGUGGAAACAAGUGGGAAACAGCUUUAAACAACUCGACUAUUAAUACAACUGUUGAUUAUCAGUUUUCAGAUGAAACUCGAUACAUCAUUGUAUAAAUGUUUUUUUCUUUUCUUCUUCCGAUAAAGGUGUGCCAUCCUUUCUCAAACUGUAAAUAAUGUGAAUACAAUUAACAAAUCAGAAAGAGUAAUUAACGAAAAAAAAAUGAAAAAUCGCAUAUCAAGUAUGAAGUUGAAAAAAAGGCUACUGCGAAUCAGUACCGACAAGCAAAAAAAUAUGUUGGAACUUGAUCAGUUUAGAGUACGUUCGAUAUCAUCCAGUUUUCGCUUCAAUUAUUUCAUAUAGUGUUUUUUACGAAACAAGUCCACUGAAAUUGUUGGUUCAUACUGCUUUAAGUUGUACGAAACAAAGAUCGUUUCAAAUUAUUACGAACAUUAGGUACUUCUACUGAGGAAAAAUCGCGUUUCACUGUGUUAGGACUAAAAUUGUCGACUGUGUUCUCAAGUCGAAAGCAAGCAUCAGCAAGCCAUACUUCGAUAUAAUUUAUUUUCUAUCGUUCACUCAAUGAAGAUAUUAAGGUCUGAGGCCAGUGUGUUUUAAAGCGUUUCAGAGGGCUAUUUUCACGCUUCAAAUCUGAUUUUCUCAGAAACGGUGACGAAUAUCAAAAAACCCAACUGACAAUCUGUCAGAAAAUUAGUUUAGAUUAUUCUAUGAAAAUUUCAGAAUAAUUCAUUGACUUUAGUGGCCCGGAAAGUCUUUUUUCUGAAGGAAAAAUUUCAUAACUGAAAACGCCGUAUUUCAACUUGUUCAUUGAAUAUCUCGCCUUCAAAAGCAUGGAUCAAAAAUCUAUCCUGACAAUGUCUAGAUAAUUUAAUUUAGAUGCAUAAAAACAUAUAUGUUGUCGCGAUAAAAAUGAAGUGAAUGUUAUUUUUGUGAAGGUAAGUCGAUUUCUAGGGCGGCACCAUUUUAGUUCCCUGGUAACGUAACGAAACAUGAGAGAGAAAUAAAAUCGGCUCAGAAAGGCUGCCAACCAAGCGGUAGCUUUCUUGGAUUUUAUGUGAUGUAGUCAAACCGAUGUAACCGAAAAUAUCAAAACUUUCUUGGCCACCGAGAGUCAUUUUGUACGAGAGAGCAUGGAGAGAAAUGUAAUACGCACAGCGAGCCACGUGGUUUUACGCGACCGACUGGCCUCAGCCCUUAACUUCUUACUGUGAGAUUUCCUGUUCGUAUGUUACCAGUCAUACGAGUUGCUAGGACUAGAUUAAAUGAACCGAACAGAUACCUCUCUCGUUAUUAGGAACUAAAGACUGUGUAACUGUGAACUGUUGAAUGGUUUCGGCUGCCGAGACAUGUUUCCUAAGAUGUGGCUUCGUUUAUGCCCAAAAUUCCUCAAUUGGUCGAAGUUGUAGGCAAUUUGGUGGAUUCAUGUCUUUUGGGACAUCAGUGACAUUUUUGGUAGUAUGCCAUUCUACCGUUGAUUUCGAGUGGUGGCAAGAAGCAAGAUCUAGCCAGAAGACAACAGGAUCCUUGUGGCUUCGAAUCAUGGGUAGAAGUCGUUUUUGUAAACAUUCCUUGAUGUAUAUUUCGCUGUUCAUUGAAGCAGUGGCGAUGAAGGGUUUCGAAAUCUUACCGCAGCUACAAAUUGCUUGCCAGACCAUAGCUUUCUUACCAAAUUUUUCGACUUCAAUCGAUGUCUCGGACUGGUUUAACACUUGCCCUUCUCGUACCUUAUAAUAUUGUGGUCCCGGCAAGGAUUUGUAAUCGAGUUUUGUUGUCCAUGAUUAUGCAGUUCAAAUUACCAGCAAGAAUCGUAUUGUACAGCUUUCGAACCCUCGGCCUGAUCGAUGCUUCUUGUUUCGGACUACGUUUUGGUUGUUUCUUCUUCUUAGAGGUUCGAAGAUUCAAACGUUCUUUAGCACGAAGAACAUUUGACUUCGAAGUGCCCACUUUUUUGGCCACAUCCUGAACUGAAAUCUCAUUCUUUUGCUCGAACGCCUUCAGUAUACGUAUUGCAUUUCACACGGCUUUUUGACUUAAUCCUUCUAUUUUUGCUAUCUUUCUCAGUGACAGUCCGCGUUCUGUGCGCCAUUUAUACACAGUUUUUCGACGUUGUUCUGGUGACAAUCCACGCAUUUCGAAACAAACUAAUGAAAACGAAUAAACAACUGCACAAGUGGUUAGAGAAGAGUGUAAACAACAGGACGCAACCAUAAAAAUUGACAGAUUCUGAACCAUUGCGAAAUGGCAGCGGUUUUUGGUUGCGUCCAUACUUUCUGGGACAGUCUUUAGUACUUACUUUCUUUACUUUAAGGUCUGAGGAUAAUGGGUCGCGUAUAGAUUUUAAAUCGACCACGUGGCUCCCUCAAAUCCCUUUCCGUCUGUGUCUUUAGGAACAUUUGAACUGACUGUGUUUCAUAGGAAAAUAUAACUCAAAUUUCAUCGUGACAACAAAUACGUAAUGUCCAAAUCGCAUCUGAACUAAAUCAUCUAUACUUCGUCUCGGUAGGUUCGUAAUAAAACACUUGAAGGUCGAGAUAUUCCAUGAAAAAGUAGAACUAUGCCAUUCCUUGCGUGGUAGUUUCAAGCGGUUUUCCAGUUCAAAAAAAAUUCAACUCCAGCGGUAAACUCAAUGAAUCAUUAUGAAAAUUUCACAGAAUAUUCUCAACCUAAUUUCGAAGAAAUCAUCAGGUGGCUUUUCCGAUAUUCAUUUCCAUUUCAAAGACAAUUUGAUUUUAAUCGAGAGAAUAUGAAAAAAACUGAGAUAUUAAAUGUACAUACUAUCCUCAGCUCUUAGUGGUGAAAAUUCCGUCUCCGGAACAUGGCCGAGCGAAUCGUAGAUUUCCAGGAUACUCGAUCUUUUGCCACCGUUCUUCAGUGUCCCGCUUCACUGUUAUUUUCCUCGAUUGCUCACACCCAGAGAGUGCGAAGUCUGGCCCGCAAUCGACGAUCUCUUCCAAGUUCUUUGCUGAGCAAGAAUGGCUUUUAUCGUAUCAAAGAAUGCUCACUAGUAACUCUUCACGCGAUUGAAUCAGUGCCAUCAAAGAGAGACGGAUAUCAUCGCAGCAACAAAAACCCGGCAUGGCUCAUUUAACAUAGAAUAGAUACCAGUGCGAGAGCAAACUUCUCUCGAUGACAUUUCUGAGAAUCAAAGACUAGCACGCUGCUGUGGGGAUUCUCUCUGAAGCAACAAACGGUCGCUUAUUGUCGUUUCGCGAUCCGAUUCUGUAUGGGCAGUGGAUAAUUGCAAUAGAAUCAUUUUAAUAUUGCCGCUUAUUGUAACUAUGUGCAUAUAACCUUUGCAUAAAUUUAUCUAUGAAAAUGUAUGUGCACAGAUAAAAAUAUUUUGUGAAUUUACUUUUAUUUUCAUGCACAUAUUUGGAGCUGGUAAUUCAAUGGAAUGUUACAUUACAAAACUAAGCGAUUUGUAAAUA